AUUUUAUGUCCUAAGCUAACGUAAGGUCUUUUCCAGUGAACUUGACCAUCGAAUGCCUCGAAUUCCUACUGCUCUUGUCCGGUCACUUUCUCGACCUCUAUACGCGUCUAAUGCAUCGACAGUCCUGAAGACUGCGGUCGUCGAUAAGCAGUCGCUGGCUGUUACUUCAUUUUUUCGUCAACCAACGCGGCUACCGUUCUCCCUGCUGUCACCUUUAUCCAGAACAAACUUUCCUACUUCAUAUACUUGCCUUCGAUCCCCUUUGGCGGCCGUGACACCAAGCAUCACAUCACUGCAGCAGGUUCGCUAUCGUUCGUUUGGCGCGGAGUAUCAACCGUCUCAGAGAAAGCGGAAGCGGAGGCAUGGAUUUCUUGCGAGAAAACGAAGCAAGGGUGGUAGACGCAUUUUGAGUAGAAGGCUUUCCAAAGGGCGGAAAUAUCUCAGCCAUUAGAAAUCAGAAUGAACAGUCUGUUUCUGUAGUUGGGCUAUAAUACAUAUAUGUAUAUUCUCGCCUGGCAAUCGAACUCUGGCUUGGAUUGCUGGUUCUCGCUCUCAAUACGUAUCCGUAAAAGUACAACAUCGUUCAGAAAUCGUCCUCAUCAUCACCUUCGAUCCAUUCUACAUCUUCAAGUGCCUUUUCCCCGUCUUCGUAAAGCUUGUCUAAACCUGUUAACCUCUCGAGAUAUUUGGAGUCAUUAAACGCGUUCAUCAUCAUGUCAAAUCCUUGGGAUUCAUAUGCUUUGAGCACCUAGACAUAGUCAAUCACUAUGUGCUAACCAGCUCACACGAUUG